UACUGCUCCUUCAGUCUCUCAGGUGUGGUGCGGUGAGCAGGUGCCUUGCUCUCCCCGGGUUCAUGUGCCCUCGGAAUACGUGAUAGUCCAGUGCAGGAACGUGGUGUGGAGGCCUCUCAAGAUGCCCAAGCCGGACUUUCACACGGUGGAGCUGAACAAGACGGAAUGGGAGGUGCCCAAGAGAUACAGCAUGUUGUCUCCUGUGGGCUCCGGGGCGUACGGGCAAGUCUGCUCGGCCAUGGACGCCAAAACAAACACCAAGGCAGCCAUCAAGAAGCUCGCGAGGCCCUUCCAGACCCACAUCCACGCCAAGAGAACCUACAGGGAACUGAGGAUGCUUAAACACAUGGACCACGAGAAUAUCAUCGGGUUACUGGAUGUCUUCACGCCCUCCACCACCUUCAAAGACUUCCAGGACGUAUAUCUGGUGACGCCACUCAUGGGUGCUGACCUCAACAACAUAGUCAAGACCCAGAAGCUGACAGAUGACCACGUGCAGUUCCUCAUCUAUCAGGUGUUGCGAGGCCUCAAGUACAUCCACUCAGCCGGCAUCAUCCACAGAGACCUUAAGCCUAGCAAUAUAGCAGUUAAUGAGGACUGUGAGCUCAAGAUUUUGGACUUUGGGCUGGCCAGACCCACAGAGUCAGAGAUGACUGGCUACGUGGCCACCAGGUGGUACCGUGCCCCGGAAAUCAUGCUCAACUGGAUGCACUACAAUCAGACUGUGGACAUCUGGUCAGUGGGCUGCAUCAUGGCAGAACUGCUCACAGGGAGGACACUCUUCCCAGGGGCUGAUCAUAUUGACCAACUAACGCGCAUCCUGGUGUUGGCUGGAACCCCAGAUGAGGAAACCUUGGCUAAGAUCACCAGCGAUGAGGCACGUAAUUAUAUCCGUUCACUGCCACACAUGAGGAAGAAGGACUUCAGACAAGUGUUCAGAGGAGCCAAUCCUCUCGCGGUGGACUUGCUGGAGAAGAUGCUGGAGCUAGACAGUGAGAGGAGAAUAACAGCUGUCCAGGCCCUUGCCCAUCCCUACCUAGCACAGUAUGCAGAUCCCUCAGAUGAGCCAGAAAGUGAGCCAUAUGACCAGAGCUUUGAGGACAUGGAGCUCCCCACAGAAAAGUGGAAAGAGCUGGUAUAUGAGGAAGUGAUCAACUUCCAACCCAAGCCUACAGUUAUUGCUGAGGAGGUAGAGAAGGCUCAGGCAGCUGGAAAAUGAGUCCCUGUUUGGUUGUGACUUCCUUAGCUCCUCUCAUGGAGCCCUCAUGUUGCCAUAUAAGGUCCAUUUCACACCGUGCCCCUGCAAGGCUCACCCAAAGCUUCUCAAGGCCUCAGGGUCACUGCUGGUGCCAUCCUGUGGUUCCUAUAAGGAGUGUGAGGUGUUGUGAGACAGGUGUAAGAGUGACUGAACUAGAUGAAUGAAGUAUGAAUGAAUGUGUAUCAUGAAGGUUGCAUGUGUUUAUAGCAUGGAAGGCAGUUAUUCUUUUCUUUUAAUCAGGGGAAUUAACUUAAUGAAAUGUAGAAUAUGUAGGUAGCUGAAAUUUACUUACUUUUCUCAAUCUCUCGGUAGCAAUAGUAGCAGGAGUUGUAGAAGUAGGAGUAGUAAUAGUAGUAGUAAUGGUGGUAUAGUUGUAGUAGCAGUAGUUGAUGUAAACAAAAAAUAAACUUUCAUAUCAAAAUGCUAUGCACAUAUGAGUGUGGUAUUUGCUAGUAUUGAAAUUUCCACAUAAAAAAUAUGUAUUUUAUGUGAUUCAAUUGAACUGCCAAGUACUUACAAAGCUGUGCAAAAAUACAGUUAAUCAGUGAUGCCAGUAUUGUGCCUAACUUGCUGCCUUUAGGCCAGAAUCACAAUUUUGUUGCAGUCACACCAAACAAAUAGUUGCCAACCACUGCCUUGUCCCAUGCAGCACAGCUAUGAUUUUUUUUUUUUUUUUUUUUAUGUAGACUAGGAAUGGUUUUAUGUAAGAUUACUUAUAAAGCUGUAUCAUACUCAUUUUCACAGUUACUCCAAAAAUAUAAUGGAGUAUUUGUUAUAAACUUUAGUAAGUCUGAGCUGAGACCAUGCUCACCACCUGCUUGGCAAGGAGAGUUACAUAUACAGUGUAGUGCAAUCUAGCAAGGCUAGUGACCAAUCUGUGGGGACAGAAGAAGUAGUGGUGAUUACACUGAAGCAGCAAAAAAGCCAAUCACAAUAUUUCAGGCCAGGAACAUAAGGGCCUUGCACAUAUUGCUAUUCACAGCCCAUGAUACCGGUGUUCUUUACAACUGUGGCAUUAUUCUUUGGAAGGAAAUACCGGUUUAUAGCCUUAUAUGCCCACAAAACACACACACACACACACACACACACACACACACACACACACACACACACACACACACACACACACACACA